GGGCGUGGUUAUUAACCACGUGGGCGUUUAACAAAAUGGCGGCUGCCUCAAUGAUAAGAAGUGUUUUUAAAAAAGAGCUUUUCUCUGGUAAAGUGGCUAUUGUGACUGGAGGGGCCACGGGUCUAGGUCGUGCUAUUACAGAGGAACUGAGCUCUCUUGGCUGUAAGGUUGUGAUUGCCUCGAGAAGAUUGGAAAAUCUUGAAAAAGCUGCUCAAGAAAUCAAUGAAGCCAUCCCUAUUUCUCUACGUCCACGUGUCUUUCCAUAUCAAUGUAAUAUAAGGAAUGAGGAACAGGUUAAGUCUCUAAUGAAGUACACUAUAGAUACUCAUGGUGCAUUAGAUUAUCUGGUUAAUAAUGGCGGGGGCCAGUUUGCAUCUCCAGCUAUCAGUGCUAAAGGCUGGCUCGCUGUUGUAGAGACCAAUUUAACUGGAACUUUCUACUGCUGCAAACACGCUUAUAAUGAGUGGAUGGCAGGUCAUGGAGGUGCUAUUGUUAAUAUCAUUGCAGACAUGUACAAGGGGUUUCCGAAUAUGGCACACACAGGUGCCGCUAGAGCUGGCGUACAGAACCUUAUGAUGAGUUUAGCGCUCGAAUGGGCGGAUUGCGGUAUUAGAAUCAACUGCGUUAGUCCGGGUAUAAUAUAUUCUGAAACAGCUGCUAAGAAUUAUGGAGGUCGUCAUGUUUUUGACGAAGGUCUUCACAUAAUUCCGGCCAAAAGACUCGGAAUACCUGAAGAAGUUUCAGGUGCUGUGUGCUUCCUUCUCUCACCAGCUGCCAGCUAUAUCACUGGUACCACCAUUAAAGUUGAUGGAGGACAAUCAUUUUAUAGAUCACCCUUCACUAUACCAGAACACAAUUCCUUCCCUCCUCCACUUGAAGACCCUGAACUCAAUUCAAAAUUAUAAUCAAAAUAAUUUUUAAGUACAUUUUUGGUGAUUGGGGGAUUUUGAUAAGUUGCCUCAAUUCCUCCUCCAAAAUGAUGAACUAUCAUGAGA